AUGGAUGAGGAAAACAUGACGAAAAGCGAGGAGCAGCAGCCUCUGAGUUUGCAAAAAGCCUUACAGCAGUGCGAGUUGGUCCAAAACAUGAUAGACCUGAGCAUCUCCAACCUGGAAGGGCUUAGGACCAAAUGUGCCACCUCCAACGACCUUACACAAAAAGAGAUCCGGACCCUGGAGAGCAAGCUGGUGAAAUACUUCAGCCGACAGCUGUCCUGCAAGAAGAAGGUGGCCCUGCAGGAACGCAACGCCGAGCUGGACGGCUUCCCCCAGCUCCGGCACUGGUUCCGGAUCGUCGAUGUGCGCAAGGAAGUCCUAGAGGAGUUAUCUCAGGAGGCACUAAAUCUAGAUGUCUUGGAGAAGCCCCAUGGUGCCCAUGGGUGGUGUCCGCCUUUGUUAACAGCGGUGGAGGAGGAAAAGAAGGUUUACCCAACACCCGUUUCCUGGAGGCAUCCGCAUUUCUCUUUGCCUCUGGGUCAAGACUGUGAAGAUCUAUCUGUUCUGGAGACUUCAUACACGGGAUCGUAUGUAAUGUGGCUUCUUACACGUAGCAUAAUGUGUUUGAGGUCCAUCCACAACUCAGGAGGCAACCUUUCCAAACAAGACUGGACCAUCCAGUGGCCCACCACGGAGACGGGGAAGGAGAACAACCCCGUGUGCCCCCCGGAGCCCACGCCGUGGAUCCGCACCCACCUCUCUCAGAGCCCCAGGGUCCAGACCAAGUGCGUCCAGCACUACUGUCACGCCAGCCCCUCGCCCGGGGCCCCCGUGUACACCCAUGUGGACAGGCUUACCGUGGACCCCUACCCGGGCCUGUGCCCGCCACCGCCGCUGGAGUCAGGCCACCGUUCCCUGCCCCCGUCGCCCCGGCAGCGGCACGCGGUCCGCACCCCGCCGCGCACCCCUAAUAUCGUCACCACCGUGACCCCUCCCGGCACACCACCCAUGAGGAGGAAGAACAAGCUGAAGCCCCCGGGGACCCCGCCGCCCUCCUCCCGGAAACUGAUCCACUUGAUUCCAGGUUUCACCGCUCUGCAUCGGAGCAAGUCCCACGAAUUCCAGCUGGGUCACCGUGUAGACGAGGCCCACACACCCAAAGCCAAGAAGAAAAGCAAGCCCUUGAACCUCAAGAUUCACAGCAGCGUGGGCAGCUGCGAGAACAUUCCAUCUCAGCAGCGCUCGCCGCUCCUGUCGGAGCGCUCUCUCCGCUCUUUCUUUGUGGGACAUGCACCUUUCCUGCCCUCCACCCCUCCCGUCCACACCGAGGCCAACUUCUCUGCAAACACACUGUCCGUGCCGCGCUGGUCCCCGCAGAUCCCUCGUAGAGACCUCGGCAACUCCAUUAAGCACAGGUUUUCCACCAAGUACUGGAUGUCUCAGACGUGCACAGUCUGUGGAAAAGGAAUGCUUUUUGGCCUCAAGUGUAAAAAUUGCAAGUUAAAGUGCCACAACAAAUGCACCAAAGAAGCCCCACCCUGUCAUCUCCUGAUCAUCCACAGAGGAGAACGGUUUAACACGAAGCGGUACUUAAACUCCCAAAUUGCUGUUUUUACCCCUACGGAUCCAGCAAGGUUAGUCCGGACAGAGUCCGUCCCGUGUGACAUCAACAACCCUCUACGAAAGCCACCCCGGUAUUCGGACCUGCACAUCAGCCAGACGCUCCCCAAAACCAACAAGAUCAGCAAGGACCACAUCCCUGUCCCUUACCAGCCGGACUCGAGCAGCAACCCCUCAUCCACGACGUCCUCCACGCCUUCCUCGCCAGCACCCCCCCUCCCUCCCAGUGCCACGCCGCCUUCUCCCCUGCACCCUUCCCCACAGUGCACAAGGCAGAAGAACUUCAACCUGCCAGCAUCCCACUACUACAAGUACAAACAGCAGUUCAUCUUCCCAGAUGUAGUGCCAGUGCCAGAGACGCCGACCCGGGCGCCCCAGGUCAUCCUGCAUCCGGUGACCUCGAAUCCAAUCUUGGAAGGAAAUCCAUUACUUCAAAUUGAACUGGAGCCAACCUCAGAGAAUGAAGAGGGCCACGACGAGGCCGAGGAGUCAGAGGACGAUUUUGAGGAGAUGAACCUGUCCCUGCUCUCAGCCCGGAGCUUCCCACGCAAGGCCAGCCAGACCAGCAUCUUCCUGCAGGAGUGGGACAUCCCUUUUGAGCAGCUGGAGAUUGGCGAGCUCAUUGGAAAGGGCCGCUUCGGGCAGGUGUAUCACGGCCGCUGGCAUGGCGAGGUGGCCAUCCGGCUGAUCGACAUCGAGAGGGAUAAUGAGGAACAGCUCAAGGCCUUCAAGCGGGAGGUGAUGGCCUACAGGCAGACGCGGCAUGAGAACGUGGUGCUCUUCAUGGGUGCCUGCAUGAGCCCACCCCACCUGGCCAUCAUCACCAGCCUGUGUAAGGGACGGACUCUCUACUCUGUGGUGAGGGACGCCAAAAUCGUCUUGGAUGUCAACAAAACGAGGCAGAUUGCCCAAGAAAUUGUGAAGGGCAUGGGCUACCUGCACGCAAAGGGGAUCCUUCACAAGGACCUCAAGUCAAAGAAUGUCUUCUACGACAACGGGAAAGUGGUGAUCACAGACUUCGGGCUCUUCAGCAUUUCCGGGGUGCUGCAGGCCGGCAGGCGAGAGGAUAAACUCCGCAUCCAGAAUGGCUGGCUGUGCCACCUGGCACCAGAGAUCAUCCGCCAGCUGUCCCCCGACACAGAGGAGGACAAGCUCCCCUUCUCCAAGCACUCAGAUGUCUUUGCACUCGGCCUCAUCCCUCCGGGGCAAGGAGCGGACAUUCUUCUCUUUUGCUGGGCCUUUGAACAAGAAGAAAGACCUACCUUCACUAAGCUCAUGGACAUGCUGGAGAAACUGCCAAAGCGAAACCGCCGCCUGUCUCACCCCGGACAUUUCUGGAAGUCUGCAGAGUAA